UUUUCCUCAACAUAAAAUACACAGAAAUCAAGAGCAUAUGGCCAGGUUCUUAUGGAACGACGUCGUACUGGUCCAACUCCUAGUCGUCGUCUUGUUCGCGGCGAAUGCCUUGGAGGCCGCGGAGCUGAACGUGAUCGACAAAUGCUGGAGACCGAACCCCGAGUGGCGCAGAAACAGGCAGCAGAUGGCGAGGUGUUCGGUCGGGUUCGCGGGCAAAAUGACGGGAAAUAUCGGAGGAGGGGUCGUUCAGUACAAAGUGACCGACCCGUCCGAUGACCCGUUAAACCCUAAACCCGGAACUCUAAGGUACGGAACGACGGUUGUGAAGGGUAAGAAAUGGAUCACUUUCAAAAGGAACAUGAAGAUUAACCUUCACAAGCCGCUUCUCAUAAGUAGCUUCACCACUCUCGACGGUCGCGGCGUCAGUGUUCACAUCUCUGGCCCGGCUUGCCUCCUCGUCUACAAGGCCACUGAUGUGAUAAUCCACGGACUGAAGAUCCAUGAUUGCAAACCACAGCCACCGAGUUCAGUGAUGGGUCCGGACUCACACGUUAUCCAACUAGGCCAAGUCGACGGGGACGCCAUCCGUCUGGUCACCGCCCGAAAAGUUUGGAUCGACCAUAACACACUCUACGAUUGCCAGGACGGUCUUCUUGACGUCACUCGUGGCACAACUGACGUAACCGUUUCCAACAACUGGUUCAGGAACCAGGACAAGGUCAUGCUUCUUGGCCACGACGAUGGGUACGUUAGAGACAAGGACAUGCGAGUGACCGUUGUGUUCAACCACUUUGGUCCCAAUUGCAACCAAAGAAUGCCCAGGGUGAGACAUGGAUACGCGCAUGUGGCGAACAACUACUACCAAGGAUGGACACAGUACGCCAUUGGAGGAAGCAUGAGUCCUCGCGUCAAGAGCGAGUCAAACUAUUUCGUGGCACCCGAAUCAGGAAACAAGGAGGUGACAUGGAAGAAACAAAGUGAUGGAGAUCAACUGCAAUGGAAAUUCUAUUCGGUAAACGAUUAUUUCGAGAACGGAGCGUCUUUCACGCUCAAGAAAGGAGUUGGCGGAGCCAGACCAAACUACACUCGUGAACAGAGUUUCAGGACAGCAGACGCGAGAGCUGUUAAGGGACUGACUAGUUCUGCUGGAGCCUUACAAUGCACCAGAACUUCCGUCUGUUAGACCAUAUAUCUAUAUAUACACACACAUGCUGUACGUAGAUAAGUUUUUUUUUUUUUUUUUUUGAUAAUCCAGAAGUUCACCGGGC